CCGUACGGGGAGUCGUACAGCAGCCAUGCACUAGAGAGUUGCACAUCACUGAGCAGUUGGACCAGAGUGUCCGACGAGACGCCGUCACCAUGGCCGUCAUCCAGUGAUCCUACAUGGACAGUUCCUACGAGUCACCCACACAAGCAAUUCCGACCAUAACCAUUGUUAUACCGUCCGGCGCUACACUAUAAAUCUAUCCAUAGUGUUAUCCAGAACUCACGUACUACCAUUUCUACCUUUCCACCCUGUUACGAGGUCCUCUACUACGAGCAUGGUGUCACUCACAACUACACAGAGGGCCUCGUGACAAUAUUUUCUUUGCUGCCUGAGUUCUGAGUCGGCCGACGAGGAGGUCGGAGGAUUUAUUUUACGGCCAAGAGAAAAUAUAAGCAUCUCUCGGACGGCUUUCGUCAGUUUCGUCCAUUUAGGACGCGGAAGACACACAGUACGUCUGGCUGGCUGAAAUUCAGAUUCAGAACCCCGGAGAAACAAUAUUCCGAGGGUGUCGAGUUCAAGACCAUAAAAGCUUUGGACCGGUGACCAUUUAAGGCCACGCCGCCGUCUUAUUUGUCUGGAUUUCUGUUUGUCACGCGUCCUGGACUGGUCCCAAACUUCUUUCGAUCUUUGCAUGAUGGCAGGAAGGCAUGAUAGAGAGGCACGCCAUCCCAUCCCCAUCCUGAUGGCUAAGUGCAUUUGCGGAGCCGCCGAGUUUGAGCUAAAAAAAUUCAACAAGCAUUUCAAACCCUCCGCUGGCUCUGGUGGUGGAGAACUUCAUCUUCACUCAAGUAUGGUCGGUUGCAGUGAAGAUGAAUUCAAGGAGAUGUACUUCAUGGGCGCCCAGUGUCCCAUCUGUGACAAAUCGCUAUCGAUUAACAGUAUUUACCUUCAUUUUCAAACACACAACUUUGAUGGGAUCAGUGAGGAGGAGGGCCAAACUGCGUUCACUCUUAAUGUGAAUAUUUUCAACCGCAAAACCAAAGAAAUGGUACCUGUGAUGACAGAGUCAGACAGCAGCGACAGCAGCAACAGCAGCAGCAGAAGCAGCAGCAGAAGCAACAGCAGAAGAAGCAGCAGCAGCAACAACAGUAGCAGUCCUGAUCAGGAACAACUCAAAGAUCGUCCUCCUCUUAAAAAGUUGAAGUUGGAGAGUGAAGGUGCACCUUCCAACGUUAAGGUUAUUGAGCACAAAGAACUCUCCGAUAUAUUGGUUGAGAUGGGAUUCCCUGUAGAGGAAGCUCAAAUGGCUGCAGAUCAUUGCACCAAUGUGCAAUCCGCCUUGGUUUUCCUUCAUCAAAUUUGCCAAAUUUGCCUUGAUACUUAUCCAAUAAACCAGAUGAUCUCAAUGAUGACAUGCAACCACCGCUGCUGCUUGGAAUGUACGAAAACUUAUUUUACCAUUGCAGUCCGUGAAAGGCUUAUCACAGACAUGGUCUGUCCAAUCUGCAGCGAGCCAGCCGACUUGCUGAGCCAUAGUGAUAAAGAUGAAAACUUCACUUAUUUUAUCCUCUUGGAGAGCACUCUGAAAAAUAUUUUGGAUGACGAAGUCUUCAUCUUGUUUCAACAAAAGCUUCGAGACCAUGCUUUAAGCAAAGAUAAGAGGUUCUUGUGGUGCAAGAAGGCUGGUUGCAACAGCGGUUACAUCUCUACUGAAGGAACGGUAAAAGCAACAUGCCCCAGUUGCCUUCAUGUCACAUGCACCAAUUGUACAAUGCCUUGGCUUAAAGAACAUGAGAACAUGACAUGCAAUGAAUUUAAAACAUGGAUGAAAAGAGAGAAUACUGCUGCAGAAAAAACUCGUGAUAGUUUUGAUCUAACUUCAGGAGAGUACAUCACAUGUCCCAGCUGCGACGGAAAAUUUUCCUUAAGCAGAGGAGGAUGCAUCCAUUUUGUCUGCACAUUUUGUCGUCACAGUUUUUGUGGCUGGUGCAGCGAAGUUUUUCAAAAGGACUCAGAAUGCAACUUCAGUUCUGAGUGUUCGCGAUUUGGUCUACACGCACACCACCACAAAAACUGUUUCUUCUACCUGAGGGACAAGGAUCCAGCGGAGCUGGAAGAGUUACUUAGGUCGGAACUAGUCCCGUUUGAGGCUGAAACCGAGGAACCACCUGGCGGAAAAUGCCAAAUUUCAAUCCAGCGUGAGCUGCCAGCAAGAGGACUUAUUGAUGACCAAUGUGGCGCAGAUGUCGUCAAAGGCCACGAACUGUGCCGAGCUCAUUAUAUUGAGCGACUGUGCACUAUAAUUCGAGACAACAAUGUCGACCCUACAAUCAUCAUGACAGUUGCCGAACUCGAAGCAACACUUGUGCGAUAUGGGAAACGACUACCGCCCAGAUCCCUUCCUAUUGAAGAGUAUCAAAAGGAAUUGAAACAAAGAGUUGCAGAGCUCCCCUUGAAGCAGCUAAAUCAGCCGCAGUAGAAUGAACCUAAGGGCAUAUCUCGGAUUUGAGACCUUGGAGUUAUGGAGUUAGGUGCUAUUUUUGUACCUCUGGUGAUGGCAAGAAAGUUAUUAGUUUGUUUCAAUCGUAAAUCAUACCACACAGUAAGUCCAGUGAAAGUAUUUUGGAGUUUUUGGCACUUCUGGUUCUGCCACCUCGGUAUGCACUCUUGAGAGGGUUUGCAUCUUAUGUAAAUCUGUUAGGUUUUUCGUUUAAAAACCGGCUUGAGAAUUCUCAAUUCUUAAAAGGAAAGCAAGUAUAAAAUUGAAGAUUUUUUGUUUUUCAACUAAUUUUAUUUAUGUUUUAUGUCGUACGUGUUAUUAAAUUUGUCCAAGCAAGAGUAGUAAAAAGAACGAGUCUGCGUGAAUAAAAAAAUAUUUUGUUUGGCCUUUGAGUUGUCCGUAGGCAAAUUAAAUAAUAAAAAAACGUCAUAAAUCCCAUAAAGGAUCUUACUUAAUUUUUCUUCAAAAGUUUUGAUUUUCGAAAAAGUUCUUAUUUGAAAAAUAUCAAGGAAACGUGUUAUAACUCUGCACUACGUUAAGAUAUUUUAACAAAAUUUGAAUAUGGUUAGUGUAUCAGUUCUUUAUCUGGCUUGCUGCAAAAUUUCAAAUAUUUAUUUCAACUGAAACUAAUAUUUUCUAUUAGAAUUUGCGCUGAUGUAAAAAAUCAUUCAUCAAUUCCUGUUAAUGUUUAAAAUUGAAAGGCACAUUAAAAGCAAAAAUAUUUAUUUUUAAAGAAUAAUAUCUUAUAUGUUUUUAUUGCAAAUGUAGAUCAGACCAGUUCACAAAAAAGUAUAAUUUUAUUACAUAAUGUUUCAUUCAAGCCUUUAUAAAGAAGAAAAUCAGAAAAUAAUUAAAUGCAAAAUUGCUUAACCCUAGUUUGCACAUUUACAUAUAAUGCUCCUCAUCUUUUUGAGAGUGAAAUGUGAAUGCCUUCCUUAUUAUAUUUACCAAAACCAAUUUCACCAUAAACGAAUUGAGAUCACUUUCAGGCUUAGGAAAGUGAACGAUUAUACUUCUGACUUAAUGAUCUCAAGCUGCAUCAUAGCGAAUCUCUGACCUGAAAAUGAUAUUUUUAUUUUUGCAUCACAUAUUUUGGAAAAUAUUACCAAUGCAAUUGUCUGGAUGGAGGAUUACCAUGCGUCUCUGUGCAUCAGGUACAGAUUCAUAAGGAUGGGGGACGGGCACUCCCGCCGGCAGUAAAUGGUUGCCUGCAAAAGAACAAUAUGAAAGCAAAGUUUAUUUGAAUUUAGAGCAAAAUUUCAAUCAUGAAAAUACAAAUUCUAUCUAUAUGAUGUGAGAGACAAAAAUAAUUUUUCCCGGCUUUUUGUUAAGCGAGUGCUUGAUCAUGCAUGAAUGAUGCACCUGGUAUACGUGUGUAUAUUUGAAGUGCGGCCGAGUAAUAAUGCAGAAAUGGCAGGUUUAUUUUGUUAUACAUCUUUUACGUUUUCACCAAGAAAUAUAAAUUAAAAAUUCGAGUGAAAAUAUUUUAUUUUUAAGCAGCAGAUGAUGAUCAGUGCAAUACGCUAUAGUUAAAUAAGUGUCAAACAAGUUAAAUAAAUUCCUUUCCUAUCAACUUUCAAUCAAUGUCGCAGAUAUGAUAUAAUAUAUAAUGAUAUGAAUAUGACUGGUGACUGCGGUUGCGAGCACACAGGCACACCGAGCAGAACCCGUCUAUAUCCCGAUAUAGUUUUACGAGCACAGACACAACAGAAUAAUUUGAAUAUAAUUUAAUCACUUGAACGGAAAGCAGUAUGCACGCUCCCAUGCACUCUGCUCUUCGCUUUAUUUUUGUUCGUUUAUUUUUCAUCACAAUUGAAAAUUUGAUUCCCACUACACUACAUGCUGUUUUCUCAUGGUUAAUUUCUCUUUGCGAAUGAAGGGUUGACUUGCUGAACUCAACCGGGGGCUGCAGGAAUUUGUAUUUUGAAGGGUGCACUUAUUGCAUUCCAGUGUAUUUUAUGACCCCACAAGUUAAAUGCAAACUCUUUUUUAGUCCAUCCUGUCUGGCAUGUUUUUUAUUUUCAAAUUUUACAAAAUCAAUUAUUAUGCAUGUAACUUUGUGUUACCACAAUAUAUAUGUUAUUGGUGAACCUUAUCUUGGACAGUAUUUGUAUUUGGGCAUUAAAGGUAAGGGUGGAUUUAUAGUAAUUUGAUUAUGCACCAAAGUCAAAAUUCCAUUUUCCAGUAUUUACAAUUGCAAAAUGGAUACUGAGCCCCCUUUUAAGUAUAUAAUAUAAUAAUAUUAUAUAUUAUAUAAUUUCCACAUCAAGAGAGAAUGAAAUCUUUUUCCAUAUAAUAUGCUUCCCUGAUUUUUGCUUCUUAUAUUAAGGACCUACAGGAUCCGGCAAAACCAACCAGGUUCCACAGUUCAUUCUUGACUACUCAUUUGCAGAGAAUCGACCUGUCAGCUUGUAGUUACAGCCUUGAAAUUUUACUGCAUAUGGGGUGGCAAAGAGAAUGCGAGUGACGAGAGAAGGUGGCGUCUUGGUUCAGUGGUUGGAUAUAAGGUGGGCUUGAAGUCUACAAUUUCACGAGACACUUGAUUGACCUACUGCACGACUGGUCGUGUCCUACUCCAGCAUCUUGUCACUAAGAAACACAUGAACGACUUUACUCAUGUCAUCCUUGACGAAGUCCACGAAAGAGAUCAGGAACUGGAUUUUCUCCUUCUCCUUGUAUGGACAGAAAUUAUUUAAAUUUAUUAUCUUUAGUGUAAUGCCCCAAGAGCCAAAAUAUACUUCUAGUAAAGUUGGCUAGCAAACUGGACAAGCUAAAAGAACUCAAACACUAAAAGGGGAGCGGUCCUGGUGUUCUUGCCUGGAAUCAAUGAAAUUGAAGACACAUUAGAGGCGCUCAAAACUGCAAAUGAAUAAGGAUUACAUAUUAAAAAUGUUUUAUUAUUCCUGAAUAAUUAUUUGUGUUUAUAUGUCGGGUGCAAGAAAUUAAAAUGGAUAUUUUCCCAUUACACUUCUUCAGUUACAAGAGAAGAACACCUCUCCGUGUUCCGUGAAGUACAUACACAUUUCAAACUGGAUGAUUUGCAUUUCCUCCUCAAAGAACUUGAUAGAAUUGAGCCUGUCAACUUCAAAUUGGCUAACUGCCGGAGGAGGAUUGAGAAAGAUUUGAUUUUGCAUCCAGGCAAGAUUUUCACAUCAGUGGAAGCAAUUUUCCCAUUCCACUGUGCUGCCCAAAUUGAAUCAAAAGUUUCCAGGAAUUUGAAGAAGAAAGCAAAAGCUGUGCAGAAGCUGCAGAAUCAGUCCUUGCAGUGCACGCUGCAGAAAGGUUAUGCUAACUGCAGAGUUUGCAAGGAAACUUUGUUCAGCAUUGAAGAGCUAAGAGCACACCUCACAGGUGAGAAGCACAUGAUGGAGUGGGACAAAAUCUUCAAAAUGCAAAGCAUCUACAAACAAGAAUCAUAAGUGAAGAAAAAGUGACGAACCGGUUUCAUUUAAUGGAGCGAAUUGUGGAAUUUCGUCUGACAGGGAAAAGGAAGAGAAGUUUGAAUGAGGUUGAAAUUGGGAAGUGGCAUAUGACUGGGCAGAAGAUUGGCCGGCAUGAGGCCUAUUUGGCACGGGGUCGCCGUAAGGUUCCCUCUCUGACCAUUGAAGGCCCAUCAGAGAGAAGAGCGAGGCCAGCCAUCCGCUGUGCACAGGACGGGCCGGAACUGAAAAUUGUAUUUCUUUUCUGCGGCUGCUCAUAUCGUCACAUAAUUUUCAUGCAGUGCGUUCGAAACAAAAAAAAAGUGUAAAUUUUUACAAAUAUUACAUCUUUGCUGGAGGAUGUGCUUGCAGCAGCAGUCGUAAAUUCGCGAGUACUGCGCGCAGUUUCCUGCUAUCGGCGCGCAAGGAGCCGCCGGAGGAAGAUUCACGUAACAUCUGUGGGGCACGAACGGCAUCGGUUCUAAAACACAAAGUGCAGAUUAAGCGUACACUCUAGAAGGGGCUCUUUGGGCUCUGUUUUAUGUUGCCGGUGAUGAAAAUAACUCUUGCAAAUUUGAAAGGCGCAGCACCCUAUCAGCAGAACGCGCGCCAACGCCAAGUGAAAAUAAACGGAAGAGGUGUGCAAUGUGCAAGGAUGUCCUGUUUUAAAGUGUUACUAAUUCUACGUGCGGAGAGAUCAUUGGGUUCAAAAUCAGAACUUCGUGACAAUUAGCUAGAUAAACUGAUUGUAAAUUGAGGCUUUGUAACUGUUUUCUUAAAAAUUUUCUUUUCGGCAGAAUAAAAUAAAUUUGGAAAAUUAAUGUUUAAAUUGUGUCUAAAUAAUAAAUAAUUUUUUCAUUAUAUCCUAAAAUAUAUUGUUAUUAUUUGGCAGAUUUAAAACAAUUCAUUUUCUCACCAAGGUGUUUGUCGCAACAGCAAUGGUCACUGAGGACAGCGUCGCUAACGCAGUACAUUCUCUCUUGGAGCGAGCAUUUGCCGCAACCAACCUCAUCACUCACACCUGAAAAAUGUAUUAAAAUCAAUUUUUAAAAAUGGAGUAAUAUUCAAUAGAAAGUAAGAAUUAAAUUUUAAAUUUAACCGCAGAGGAAAAUAAUUUAUUUAGUACUCAAUUUAAUUGCUUGGUAGCCAUUUAAUUGCAUCGGACCAUCGGACAAUGAGUCACUACAAUUUCCUGGGAAGGAAAUAACUGAAAUGCCACACCUCGUAUGUGAUUUCUUUCUUAUUGUUAGUUUAUAUAUUCCACU